CUGGGAGGGGCCUUCCGCCCUUGCGUGCCCUCAGAAUGAAGUUGGUGGUCGUUAUCGUGGCCCUCCUCAUCGGCCUUUCGUCGUCAUGGCGCGUCCAGCCAAGGAUGCUCAAUGCAUUCGGCCUGCCUGCAAAGAAACCCAUCGGGGAGGUGGGCAAGUACGCCAGCCCGUACCAGCAGGUCAGUUGAAGGCGGAUAAUGAGCAGAAGAGCUCCCCGUAUGGGCGUGACGUGCAUGUGCGCUGUGUCUGCGUGUCGUCAGGCGAAUCCCGUGAAUGCAUAUGUGCCGAAGGGAAUGACGCUUGAGCAGUUCAAUGCCAUCCAGCAGCAGGUGUUUCAAAAACGCACACGCACACAGACGUACACGCACGUCCAUGCCGAGAGCCCCACACAUGUGAUGUACCCAUGCACCUAUGUGUCAUUGCACAGGACGUGCAAAAGAUCCAGGACAGCAAGGACUACUGGAAGACCAAGUACGGCACAUCUGAGGUAUGUAUGGGUCAUGGAGGGUGCGUGCCCACAAAGGGUACAUCAAUCACACAACAAGAAUGGAGGCGAAUCCUGCGUCCUUUGCGUUACAUGCAGCCCUUGGCUGAGUGGCUCAUCAAGCGUGAGAAGAAGUACCCUGGGCAGCCGAAAGCGGUAGGACGGAAGGAGGGGUCCGCAAAAUCGUAGGCGUGACGUUAUGGAUCAUGAGUCUGUGUGUCGUCUGUUGCAGGGGCAUCGCUACGUGAAGUCUACAUACGUGCCGCCCUCAUAGGACUGUGCGGUCGGUGUGUGCAUGAGGUGAGUCCCCGCUGCUACAGCGAGCAGUGAUGUGAUCCCACUCGUCGAUGCCUUCGCUUCGCUAUCGGUCUCAUGGGAGGACUUGAUUCUUUCUCCGUUGUCCGAGCAUGUAUCCUUUGCUCACUCACACACGUCGGACUGUUUGUGAAGUGUAUGUGCGCUGCUUGAGCUCAUUUGCGAGCUGCAUGUGGAUCCCAUGUUGAUGGACUCGCUUGCUUUGGGGGAGAGAAGCGCCACGUCAGAGUACAGUUUUUGUGUGCACAUCAAAGGGGAUUUUUCCUUACACCGAUGGGUCGCGCAACUCGUGUAGACGUUCUCUGUGAGUGAGUGUUGGCACGCGUCUUGCAUUGAUGACCGGCAUCCAUACUCAGAAUGACUGCUUGUGAGACCCCAUCCCAGCAGAAAAUCAGCCACCAAACAAUUUCCAG